UGUUACCAGAUUCUCCUGGUCUCUUUCUCGGUGCGUCCUCGCCAGGGACCAUAACUCUUUUGGAAACUUUGGAUUCCCUUUUAAGGACUGGCUGGAGGUAGUUCACUUUUUGCUGAGAGUUUGCUCAAGUUUUUGGGUGUGAACUCCAGACAUUGGUGUUCAUCACAAUGGAACAUUUAGUACCAAGGCUCCUUUUUCUGUCUGUGCUGCUUCUGGCAGCGGUUCCUUUUGCACACUCACAGUCAGAUUGUUCCCAGGCUGAGUCAUGUGAUCUGUGUGUUGGGGACUCCAUGCUUAACCUGACAGGCUGUGUCUGGAGGCUUUGUCCAACUGGUAAUGACACGGGCGUGUGUGUCACUGAUCAGGGGGAUUCUUCUGACAAUGGCAUGAACUGCAGCUGGACCAGAGUUUCUGAACUGUGCACAGCUGUGGAGAGUGCUGCCGCCGGUGGAGACUCAGGUGGUGACAGCAGCUCCGACUCAACCUCUGAGUUCUCCCAGGCCAAGUUUGACAUGUCCAGCUUCAUAGGCGGGAUCAUACUGGUGCUGUGCCUGCAGGGUGGCGGCUUUCUCGCCAUGCGCUUCCUCAAAACCAAAGAGCAGAGCAACUAUGACCCCAUAGAGCAGCCACAGUGAGGACAAGAUGUUUGAAGGGCAGACAGGAUGGAGGACAGCAGCAGCGGCGGCAGCGGCAGAGCGUGACUCAUCGAGUAAUGACGACAAGAUAUUUUUGUGUUGUUGUUUUUUGAGCCCCUGUCAUUUUUGGUUUGGUGCCCUUCAUAAACCCCUGUGGGAUGGCUGUGUUUAUGAGAAACAUUUUUUGACCUAGAUUUUGACUAUAUUUAUGCUUGUAUUUACUGUCCGUCAGUAGCUUUGAGAUGCAUGCUGGGUGAGCAAUGCACAGCUAUGGAGAAGGGGUCACACAACUUUGUGCAGACAGUAGGUCAGAAAAAAAAAGCUUCACAAAUACUCUUGUUCAUAAAAGAGACAGUUUCAUGUGCGACUAAGAAGCGCUGCAAUACAAAUUUUCUUGCUUUACAGUGGAGUUUUAACGUUUGUGAACUGGCUUUUAUUUGUUUGUUUGUUUUAUUUAUUUAGAAUUUAUCAUCUUGGCACAUUACGCGUUAGCACAACUGUCUUCAGAAGACAGGACAUUCCUUCGCAAACUCCUUCGAAUCGAGUUUCCUGCCCCAAAAGAAACUAAUUGGAAAUAAAGUUAGGCUUUCAGCAAUGACUUAAGUUUUGUCGUUUUUAUUAAAACUUAACAAUGAUCAAAUCGACCAUUUUAUUUAGAAUUGUGUAACGUUGUUAAUUUGACUAUUUUUCUUGUUUUCGUAACGCUGACACACUUUUCCUGUUUCCAGCGCAGCAAAAUAAAACACCAAACCUUGAUACUA